CCGCGGGCGCCAUUGUGCUGCGGAGUGGGCCGCGGCGGUGCAGCCUCGGGACUGGCAGCGCCCCGCCCCUCUCUCUCCUUUUCUCUCUCUCUCCCUCUCUCUUUCUCUCUCUCUCCCUUCUCCUCUUCCUCCCCCUUCCCCUCCGGAGAUGCCGCGCGUCUACAUCGGCCGCCUGAGCUACCACGUCCGGGAGAAGGACAUCCAGCGCUUCUUCAGCGGCUAUGGCCGCCUGCUCGAGGUCGACCUCAAAAACGGUUACGGCUUCGUGGAGUUCGAGGACUCCCGAGACGCCGAUGAUGCCGUUUAUGAGCUGAACGGCAAGGACCUGUGCGGGGAGCGCGUGAUCGUGGAGCACGCCCGCGGCCCCCGCCGCGACCGUGAUGGCUACAGCUACAGCAGCCGCAGUGGGGGUGGUGGCGGAUAUAGCAGUCGGAGACAAUCUGGAAGAGAUAAAUACGGACCGCCUGUUCGUACAGAAUACAGACUGAUUGUUGAAAACCUUUCCAGUCGCUGUAGUUGGCAGGAUUUGAAAGAUUUCAUGAGGCAAGCUGGGGAGGUCACCUAUGCAGAUGCUCACAAAGAACGUACAAAUGAAGGAGUGAUUGAGUUCCGAUCAUACUCGGACAUGAAGCGUGCCCUGGACAAGCUGGAUGGCACUGAGAUCAAUGGAAGGAAGAUCAGGCUGGUUGAGGACAAGCCGCGGUCAAGCCAUAGGCGCUCAUACUCCGGCAGCAGGUCAAGGUCACGAUCUCGAAGGCGGUCUAGAAGCAGGAGUCGCAGGAGCCGGAGCAGCCGCAGCAGGUCCCGUAGUGUCUCCAAAAGCCGAUCACGAUCCAAAUCCAGGUCACGAAGCAAAGACCGCUCACGUUCCAGAUCUAAAAGCAGGAAGUCGAGAUCAAAGAGCAAAUCAAAACCCAAGUCUGACAGGGGCUCACGCUCUCACAGCAGAUCCAAGGAGAAGUCUGAGAAGUCUCGGUCCAGAUCCAGGUCCAGGUCUCGCUCUCCCAAAGAAAAUGGUAAAGGAGAUGCUAAGUCUAAGUCCAGGUCACGGAGCAGGUCUCGUUCCAAUUCUCCACAGCAGCAGCCAUCUGCCAAGGCUCGCUCAGAGUCACCGCCCAAAAGAGCUGCAUCGAGGUCCCGCUCCAGGUCUCAUUCAAAAUCCCGCUCACGAUCAAGAUCUAGUUCGAGAGAUUAAGACUAGAACUCUCCUCUUGUGUUGCACACUAUUGCGGAACACUUUCCUACUUGUCAGGCCGUUAGUGUUAUGUUAGUACUUCAGAAGUUGGUUUUUUUCUCUUGCAGGAAUGAAUGGCCUAAGAACUAAGUAAGAGGCAUAAAGGUUUAAUUUGUAUCCCAGAUUUGAAAAUCCGAGACCGGAUGGUGGCACAAAGCAGGAAAAGUCCCUCUUUUGUAGGAAUUCAGCUAAAAGUUUGAUUUUAUAGCAUUUCUGCAGGAGUAACUUAACUACUCUCAAGUGCAAAGUGGGUUUUAUAUUAAAAAUAAACUGAGUAUAAACAGGCUUAAAUCUGGGCUUUUUUUUGAAAGUAUCAUUUUUUUCCUAUUUUUUUCAUGGUUUUAGAACUAUGGGUAUCAUUAGCUUAAAUAGGUGACAGCUUGCUGCCGAAGGCAGGAUUGCCUUGCUGUGCAGCUCAGAUCAUUCUCUGGUUUAUCCUAAUUUGUGGACGCAGGCUGCAAACUGUAUAAACCGGUACCAAUAAUAGGGAGAUUUUUAGACCAGCAAUAAACUCGAGUUGGAGCAUUGUGUUGUAUCUUCACUUGCCAAAACAGCAUUUCCCCCCCCUCUUGUGAUGAGUGUAUUGAAGUGAUAAAGGUACUCAGGAACCUGUCUUGCACAGUAUUUCUGAACAAUGCUACAUCUCAGACUUCUUUAAAGGAGUGAAGGCUUUGACCCUUUUUGCUUCAGUGCCCAGUGGUGCUCAGCUCUUGGGCACUGCUGGUGUCCCCUGAGUGUGGUCCGAGUCACUAGUACGGUGUAUGGUUUGUCAGCCUCUCAGUACCUAUUGGAAAUGAAAACUAGGUAAAUAAAAACUGUCUUCCCUCCCUGUGGGCUCAUUUAUGUUAGCGUUUCGCUUCAAACUAGGAGAACUAUAACCCUGUUGUGUGCGAGUCUGAACUUUAUUGGAAGUGUAAUCUCUCUGAGCUAGAGUUCUAGUCUUAAAGGCUUUGCUGAACCACAGUUGCCAAUUCACUUAAAUUGUGGAAUAGGACUCAUCCCAAAACCUCCCCUUUAUAGCUAAAUUGAUUUUUGUAACAUGCAGUAGCGAACAUUAGAACUGCCUUGUACUCUUUAUACAACGUGUAGUUUGACUUGUAUAAAAUUAAACUGGUGACUCAGA